AUGUCCAAACCUCACAUCCUGAUCGUCGGCGCCGGCGCGUGGGGUGCAUCCACCGCUGUCGCCCUCCUCCAGUCUGGCAAGUACACGGUGACGCUCCUGGACCGGGCGGCCGUCUUGCCCGCCGAAGAUGCGGCAUCAACGGAUAUCAACAAGAUCGUGCGAUUUGACUACCAGGAGGAGGUGUAUGCCGAGUUGGCGUUCCAGGCUCUAGGAGAGUGGAGGAAGAAGGAGUGGGAGGGAAUGUACUUUGAAUCUGGGACAGUCGUCGUCGCUCCGAUCGUUGGCAAAGGUCUCGAUCUCAACAAGACCAUCGCCAAUGUGAGCCGGCGCGGACCCGUCGUCACCCACUCCACACCGGAAGAGGUCCAGCGCGCUCUUGAUCCCAAGGACAAAGGCGUCACGGGCGAUAUGACCGGUCGGCGGGGGCUUGCGGCCGAGCUGGGCGGGGAGGUCGUCCCCGCUGCUGAAGCUGUCGAGCUCAUCAUCGGCGAUGGAGAUGUCAAGGGUGUAAGGUGCAAGAAUGGGCGCCAGUUCAAGGGGGACAAGGUGAUUGUCUCGGCUGGAGCGUGGACGGCGGGGCUCUUGAAGGGUUUGCUGCCGGAGGGGUUGAUUACGAGCACGGGCAUCAUGGUCGCGGCAUUCAAGCUCAGUGAGGAGGAGUAUGAGAGAUACAAGGAUAUCCCGGUCAUCAUGGGGUUUGAUGAGACCGGGUUCUACAGCAUGCCGCCCACUCACGACCGGAUGCUCAAGUUCGGCCUCGACGAAGCGGGCUACACCAGCCAGACUGGUACACCGCGGACCACUCUCACCCCUGGCGCUUCGGAGGAACACCAGAAGAACAACACCUCUUGGCUGCCUCGGAGGUCGCACGAUGAUAUGCGAGUUGUCGUCAACAUGUACUUUCCCGAGUUCAAAGAUCGCCCAUUCGACUUCACUCGCAUGUGCCCCAUCCCCGCCUCGUUCGACGACCACUUCGUACUUGACUACACCAAGCAGUAUCCCUCGCUUCUCGUGGCCUCAGCAGGAAAGAUGAUGCCCAUCAUCGGCACCCUCGUCCAGCAGCGCCUCGAGAACACGCUCGACCCCGCCCUCACCGCACUCUGGGCGAUCCGACAACCCACCGCAGCCGCCGACGAAUUUACCCACUCCAAAGCUACUGGGAAGGUGGAUAUCGAGGAUGUGGUCUUUGCGGGGGAGGGGGAGGUGCCACAGGUCAAGGGCAGUGCCAUCUUGGGCAAGAUCGAGGGAGCGGUGGAGGUCGUGGCGGUCACUGCCUGA